AGAGAUUCAGUGGAGCAGAAGGUGAGGCAGUUUCAAGAGGCCAGACACCAGAAGAUCCAGCCCAAACCGAAGAAAGAUGUCACCCUGAACACACCGCUCUGCCUUGAAGAUUUCGGCGCGCACGCCACGUCUCAUCCUGCAUGCACAUCACAUGCCGACACAUUUCCUGAGAAGUCUGCUGUGCUUUCAGCUGCAAAGGCCACUUUCCAAAUGUCAGCUCUCGUAGAUUCCCCCUGACUGGCUACUUCAUGCUUCCCCAUUAGCUCAUAGUUAUUCACCCAGUUGGAAGCAGCACUGAUGUUCUUCUGGUCUGGUGUCACGCAUACUCAAUGGGUUUCCUGCAGUGUAAACCGAGAAGCCCUCCAUCAAUUUUGGCCAAACUGAGGCAAUUACACUUACGACGCACCAAUGAUCGCGGGCAGCUGUUUGCACUUUCACGCACAUCUGCCGGUGACUCAGAUGUGAGAUUGUCUACCAAUACUCCCAUUUCCCCAUUAGCGUGUUUGAUCCGAUGAUGAGCAGGUGCCAGGGCUUACAGUGCUGGUGUGGCAGAGGGGGGAGGGAACACCUGGCACGCUGUUCUCCCUGACGCUCUGGUGGGUUCGGAGGCAUUUUCCCAGGCUCCCCAGAUGAAUGGUCACUAAUAGCCGUGGGAGAGGGCUUUGCGAGAGCUGCACAGUGUACCAGCCUGACUCCUCUUGGCAGACCCUGUGAGGAAGGCUUAAACGAGAGCUGGCUGCCCGUGACCCAGCCCCAAAGCCAGCACAAGUGCACUGCUGCAGAUAGCCUUACCACUGGAGAAUGUGUUUACAAGGCCAGAGUGAGAUCUCACUCAGUGAGACGUCUGGCUGCGGUGCUCGGACCGUUUCUGAUUCUCUCAGCCUGCGUUCACAGAGCAUAAGAAUACGGUUGUCUGUUCUGUUUUACAGUGCUGAAUACAGUUACUGUUUGUUCACAAGCAGUGCAUUUUGUAAUUGAAUGGACUCGGAACUGUUUUCUGAAGGUGAGUUUGGUAAACCUGUGCUGUGAGAUUUGAACCACACUAGACAAAAUAUCUUUCGGUUAAAUCAUAUCGUGCAGCUAGCUAUUGUGCACUGCAUUGCAUUGUGUGUUGUUUUUGAGGUCCUCUUAAAGGGACAGUACACCCAAAAAUAAAAAUCUGUAAUUCAUUAUUUACUGUCAUGUUGUUCUAAACCUGUAUGUGACUCUUUCUUCUGUGGAACACAAAAGAAGAUAUUUUGAGAAAUGUCGCAGUGGUUUUGUGACCGUACAAUGGAAGUCAAUGGGGUCCAAUGCUGUUUGGUUACCAAUGUUUUUAAAAAUAUCUUCUUUUAUGUUCUGCAGAUGAAAGGAAGUCCUACAGGUUUGGAAUGAUGUGAGAGUGAGUAAGUGAUGAAAUCAUUUUUAUUUUUGGGUGAUCUCUUUAACUCCGAUCCAGUCAAUGUCUUCCUAUCAGAGAUGCGUCCUACAAACUGUAUCAGCUCUGUGGUCUGGAUGUGACCCAAAUUCUGUGCUUUUCAAUUUUAUAAAUAAUAACCAUUUACUAUUUUAUAUAUGAUUUUAAAACGUUUUUUUUUGCAGUGCUACAAAAUCUCACAGCAUUAGCUGUAGGCAACUGCGUCCGUCUAGCUGUUUUUGACAGCUUACACCGUCAGAGUCAGGUGACCCUGUACCAAUCCACCUUAAGCGUCCGUAAUACCACCUAUAAACGUUAUUAAAUAUCUAAUAUCCUGUAUCUCUUUCAGGCUCCUUCUGUCUGCGCCCCCUCCUCACCAGUUCAAGCUUAGUUUUCCUGCCCUGCACGGCCCGUAGCCUUUAAAUAUAAAGCAUGUGGCAGCUUUAGCAGCAGUUACCUGUCCUCGAACAUGUGAGGGGGGUUACGCAGGAUUACCAACACGGGAAAUGGAGACCUGUGGGCAGGAGUUGCCGAAUUCCUCUGGCUCUCUUGACCGCCUGUCUGUCAGUCAGUCAGUCGGCCUGUCUGUCUCCUUGUUCUAGAAUUAGCCCUUGAUGUUUUGUCGUGUCGCAGUUGCCGUGCAAAUCCACCUCCUAAGCCCACGUCUCGCUGUGCAGAAAAGCCCCUGGACAGCCGGACCCUUUCCACAUACCUUUAUCAUUUACAUGUACAUUUAGUCGUGUAGCAGAUGCUUUUAUUCAAAGAGAGACAUCGCAAGCAAUAUAUCAUUUCAGAUUCUCUCCCGCGGUCAAACACACCCGCUUUUGGCCUUAAAGUUAUGUUUGUACAUCAGUAUGACUUGCUCUGGACAUACACACACACACCCUAGUCUCUUUUCCAGGGUCAGUGGUGUUCCUCUGGUUCUGUCCCACCACAGUUCUCUGUAUGUAAUUAGGGAUUGAGGAAGGACCUUGAUCAGGACGAGACCGCUGCUCCACCACAGUCCAGUCUCUCUCUCUCUCUCUCACACAGACACAUACACGCGUGCAGCCUCUGUGAACCUAGACCAACCGUGCCGAAUGACCAAAGCACUCACUACUGCAAUUACCAAAUUGUUUUAGAGGAUCAUUCUACUUUUUCCUUUAGUGUUUUCCGUGCAGGGUCCUUGCGCAGAUCAAAUGGCGGUUUAAUGGUGCCCAUCAUUAUUUUCUGGCCUCUUUUGUUUUAUAAUGAAGUGCAUAUUUUCCUGGCAGAGGAACCCAUUACAGUUGGCACAGUGUGAUUGUUCUUAUACAUUUAAUAGCAUGUCACAUUUCGUCAUUAGAGCACCAGUGAACCUUCCAGGUGUGUAGCGGGUCAGUUUUAAUGCACCGACGAUUCGUAAAUGCACAAGCGGGAGAGAUUUAGUGGGAGAGAAAGAUGAGGAAGAGAAGAGGUCUGGAUUCAAUGACAGGUCGAGAUCAGGUUCAAAACCUUUAGCCCUGCAGAACAGCACAUAACUCAAGAUUUCAGGAGCCUUUCCCACAUCAUUAAUCUGCUGGAAUCAAACAGGAGGAAUGUGUUUCCCUGCACUCAUUCACACCACACCAUUCUCCUCUUGAGUCCCUAAUUUCUGCAUUUACAGUACCAGAGCUCAUUUAAGGAUUUACGGGUAGUUUUGUUCUACUGUUCCACUAACCAGCAAAUAUCUGGGUUGAUGGAUUUUGCAGCAAACCUUAAGAGUUUAUCGUAUAGAUCCUUUCACAAGACUUAAACACAAAUGGUCCUGAGGCACUUCCUGUCUGUUUUUAAUUUUUUUACUACAGGUUGGUUUUAACGCUCUCUAUUGGCUUACCACUGUAAUGAUGUUGUGUGGAGAGUAGAUGAACCCAAAAGCAGGAAUUCUAAGCUUUACAUACAUGUAGAUUUGGUAAUUCCCAAAGAGCGGGCAGCAGUGAGUGAAGUUUGUAGGUGUGUUUCCGGCCAUAUUGUUCACAAUUUUGCUGCAUCCGUUCACAAAAAUAAAGUUUUGAUGUAUUUACGGUAGGAAAUUUACAAAAUAUCUUAAUGGAACAUGAUAUUUACUUAAUAUCCUAAUGAUUUUGGUAUAAAGGAAAAAUGUAUAAUUUUGAACCAUAGAAUGUUUUGUUGGCUAUUGCUACAAAUAUACGAGAAAAGUCAGAAGAGGUCACAUUUUUAAGCUUAUUUGGAACCAAGAUAUGACUCAGAAUAGACUGAUAAUAAGUAGUCAAAAAUAGUUGUGCAGUUGUGUAAUUUUAUGAGGAAAUGUUAUUUUAAUGAAAAUAUUAGUCAAUUUUGGAACUUACUGUAUUUUGUAUGUCGGUUUCAGUUUCCCUGAACUUAACAGUAUAUUUGUUUUCAAGUAACUAGACCUAGGUAUUAACAGGAAUUAAACAAGCCUUUCAGUCAUAGUAAGACAUCAAAUACUAGUGUAUUAACUAAAAUGUUAUCUUAUAAAUAAAAGAUGAUCUUUUAUUUAUUCUCUUUUUUUCGAUAGUGCAGGUGUAGGCAACUUGUUGUAGUGUCACAGACAUCUGUUUGCACACGAAGUCACAUCUUCAUUUUCUAUGUUACUGUCACCUUGCCGUGUCAUGGCAAGAAUCUUUAUUACGGUCUUUUUGAUUGACUUCAUGUUAACGUGUUUAGUUUUUGUUUUGUCUUUGAUCUUUUUCUUCAGUGAAAUUAUGAAAGGAAGGUGCUUUACUUCAUGUACUUAUCUUUACAGUUCUCCUUUUGAUCAUGUGUUGCAUCCUCCUGUUGGGCCACACUACAGCAUUUCAUAACCACGCUGAAGGGUCACCCAAAUGUUAAAUUGAACACUCAUGCGCAAAUAUUGUUUCAGGUGGACGUUGAACAGAGUGAUAAGAUGCACCGCCCGCUCGGCCCAGGCUACAGUUACGCAGCCGGGUGUGAUGUGCUUCCAGGAAAACCCCACUCGCCCAUUCCAUGUGGCGACCCCCGUGAAACCUUCGCACACAUAGGCGCAAUCGCCCGGGAGCCCCACCCUGACCCAGUGAGAGCAGAGGAUGAGAUCUUAGAGGGUGAUCGUUCAUAUCAAAGUGGGAACAUUCGCUUGUCGGUGUACUUCAUGAAGCGACACAUCAACCUGAGGUGCAUUGUGAGGCAGCACUACAGAGAGUUGCGUGUUUUUCCUGAACGUGUUGUAGUGUGUGCCAGUCCUCUGGAGAACGCUGUACUUCCCAAUGGAAAUCUGAACCAGGAUGUGUUGCAACAAAGUGGACAAAGCAAGUCGAAGUAUUUUUCAAGCCCCGGUGAAACCAAAGAUCCAUUAUCUAGCUCCACGGUUAUGAGAAGAGCCGUCCUUCAGAAGAUUGCCAAGCAGGCGAACACCCGGUCCCGACCAUGCAGAGAUGACCACGAAUCCAGAUCGGACACCGUAGAAAAGGGGAUUACCAAAUUGAAUCGUCCUCUACCAGUAUCAUCCGAAUGUUUGUUUGCUGACGACUUAGUGGCUUGUGCGCAUGAGGAUGUAAAAACCAUAAUUCAAUUGUCUGAAUUAAGUAACAAGGAUAAAGAGGGCGCUCAACCAUGUCCUGAAUCAACUGGUUUUAAGAGGAGACAACGCACCCCUAACUCUGAGGAACACCAAAAACCCAAAAGAUUGCGUCUCGGAGAGGCUGCUGUACCAGGCGAUUCCAACAGGCCGUCUUCUGGCAUCUCCUCAUGUAGUUCCCAUGGUGCAGCUCAGCCUGAGAUCAGACUGGAAGAGGAGGUGCUUACACAUGGAAAUAGUACUGUCGAACAGAGUAACCAGAGCGGGCCAGCCGCAAGUCUGAGAGGCUCAUCCGUCAAGCCCGUGUCCUCUGGCUCUUCUAUUAGUUCCAGAGAGGAAAGGAGGGAGGGCGCGCCCAGAACAUCCCGAUUACGCCGACUCAAGAAGUCCUGAGGGCCACGGCGGCAUAGAGUGAGAGCGGAUAUCUGACGCCAUCGAGAUGGAUGUUACUGUACACACUUCUACUGUAUUUGCUGUCUGUCAACACUGGUUGCACAAGCACAGCGUUUACCACAGGCGGUCUCUCAUGCAUGGAACAGGCAUCCCAAAAUAAAACUUAUGUCAGUAUUUGUCCGCCACGGUCGUUCCAAACUGUAUCACUUCUGUUUUUUGUAGAAUAUAAUUUUUUUUAGGAAUGUUUUUGGGUGACCGUGAUAGAAUAGAAAGAAAGGGAAUAAGGACAGGGGUUGUUAAAUCAGCAAAUUUACAAAUGGAAUAAUUUUAUUUGUAUAGUCAUACAGGUUGGAAUGAUUAUUGUGUCUGUGAUGCUUAAAGGAACAGUCGACCUAAAAAUGAAAAUUCUGUCAUCAUUUACUCACCCUCAAGUUUUUCCAAAUCUGUAUAAUUUUUUUAUUUCUGUUGAACACAAAAGAAGAUAUUUAGAAGAAUGUAGGAAAGCAAACAGUUCUGGAGCACUUCUGACUACCAUUGUAUUUGUUCCUACUAUGGUAGUCAAUGGUGGCCAAGAACUGUUUGGUUACAAGCAUUCUUCCAAAUAUCUUUCUUUGUGUUCAUCAGAAAAAAUAAAUGUGUACAGAUUUGGAACAACUUGAGGGUGAGUAAAUGAUGACAGAAUAUUAAUUUUUGGGUCAACUGUUCAUUUAAGCGAAGUAUAAGAUAAAGUAGUUAAAAAUAAACUUAAAAAUAUUUCAGUUCUGCCUUUACAGUAGACUAUAAAGGAGAUAAACACACAUGCAUAUGCUUAAGUUCCCAAAUAUUUGAAUUGGCUUUACUUGCUCUAAACAAAAACACGCAGCACAAACGCAGAUUGCAUUUUCCGCGUAAGAUUUGAAUUUCAGACCAGCGGGAGCCGCUGAGCACACUGUGGCUUCCAGCCCAAAUCUCUGGCUCCAUCCGUCUGAAAUCUCCACUCUUCCAGCUUCAGCGGAGCACAUGAUUGAUUCCGCUGUGUUCUCAUACAUAGAGAUCUGUAGGCGAACGGGGUUUUUACUAUUGGAGCCGACUGUAGUCUCCCUGUGGUUAUCAUUUGUGAAUGUGUUACUGCUUUUCAUUACAGUCUGCUGCAGGAUGACUGACAGCAUUAUGAGAUGCCAAACUGCUCGUGUCUGAUAUUUGGCUAGUCAUGACUGCAGUCAACUUUGAUAUAGUGCGUAAUGGCAGGCCGAUUAUAUGUACGGAUAUAAAUUAAUCUAGUCACAUGGCCUGCUUUUCCACAUUUUUCAGUUUGAUGUCUUUUGGAUAACAGAUAUGUGUCAUAAUAACAGCACUGCCAGAACAUCAUCAGUGUGCACAGACAAUUCGCUGUCAUGAUACUGUAACGUUUUCAAAACACUUGUUAUUAUUUUAAAGCGACAAAAAUGGGAAUUUGAGAUAAAGAGCAGACACUGGCUUUCAUGUUGAGUCAUUUUAUGUUACGUAAUGAAAUGUGAA